CAACACGAUCAGCUGAUUGGAAUUUUCCCAUGUCGCUCAGUGUUGGGAGAGCUCCGACCUCGGAAAAAGGACUAGCAUAGACUUCGUUUAUGCCAUCGAAGUGGAUAAGACACAUUCGCUCCGCCAUGAAUGGUCUCAACAAUAACAUUAUACCAGGAGAGUGUCAGCUGCCCUCCCAGCAAGAAUGUAUGGAGGUAUGGCGAUCAUCAGAUGCAGUGUGCUUUGAUGUUGAUUCCACAGUCAUAACAGAUGAGGGACUGGACCAGUUGGCAGCCUUUUGUGGAAAGGGAGAGGAGAUCAAAAAGAUAGAGGCUAAUUUCGACAACUCGAAACUACACGAUUGUCGAACACACCACAAACUCACGAAAGAUGUUGGGAGGCUGGUGUCUGCCCUGCAUGCUCAUGAUGUAGAUGUUUACCUUGUGUCCGGGGGAUUCCGAUCCCUUAUUGCACCUGUGGCAAAAAUGCUCAAUAUCCCCUUAGAGAACAUUUUUGCCAACAGAUUAAAGUUCUUCUAUGAUGGAGAAUAUGGUGGCUUUGAUGAAGCACAGCUGACCAGCAGGUCUGGUGGCAAGGCUGAAGUAAUUUCUUACUUGAAAAAGAAAGAAGGAUAUUCCAGGAUUGUUAUGAUUGGUGAUGGAGCAACAGAUAUGGAAGCCUGCCCACCUGCUGAUGCCUUUAUAGGUUUUGGAGGAAAUGUUGUCAGAGAAAGUGUGAGAAACACUGCAACAUGGUAUGUUACUGACUUUGCCAUGCUCAUUAAUGAACUUGAGAGGAAAGACUAAGAACACAUAAAGAACAUUGAUCUGAAUAAAUAGCAGAUUGCAUUCUUUGAAAAAUCUUGAUGAUCUUAAUAUCUACUGUGAUCUGUGUAAAUGUAGCUUUAAAAUCAUGACCACAACCAUCCAUGAGAUGAAGACCUAGUAGUUGUUUUUGAUAGACAUUGAUAUAUAUAACACUAGAACAGAAUUAAUAAAACAUUUUGAUAAGAGUAACCAAGCUACCAAGUGUAAUCUUACAUACAGUUAUGUAACCAAAACAGAAGCCAAUUAUAAACUGCCCAUGAAUGAGUGUCAAGAAGAAUGCUAGAAUACACCUCUAAAUAUCUUAAUUGCAGAAGCAUAGUGCCAGUUAGGUUAUCUCAUUUUACCUUUUUUUUUAUGUCAACACAAAUGAGCAUUAUAUAAGUAAAAGAUUCAUGUUCACCAUAUUUUUUUCUUCUUUUUAAUGGUUAUUUACAAUAUUUUUAAAUUUUAAUGGAAAUAUAUGUUCCUAAUGAGUAUGUGUUUCAGUGAUAUAUCAACUGGUUUGACACAUAAGAAGGAAUUUGCAAGAUAUCUGUAAAUGUUAAAUGGAAGCCUUUAACUAUAUAAGUGUUAUUUAAUUAGAAAUAAUAUCUUUUCAACUCAGGAAAAAGCUAACUACAUAUUUCAAUAGCUUCUGCAUGUAGAACAGGAUUUUUCCACAGUAUUAAUAUUUAAAGUCAACAGUGAAAAAUUAGAUAUGGAAACCAAUAUAAUUUUUGAAGCACUUCACUGAACGACUGUAUUUAAUCAAUGCUAAUCACGUCUAUGUUAAUGUAUGGUAUUUGUAAUUGUUACGUAUAGAUAUAUACGUGCCUGAUUAUGCAUUUACCCCUACAUUUUAAGUUUUAUGAUACAGUAUAUUAAAAAAAAAAACAUUUACUAAAACUAAUCAGUCUUUAACAGUUUUAGAAUAGAUUUCCUGAAGUAGACUUUGGUGCUAAUAUUAUACAGUUGUCUUUCAGAUGUUUAACAUAAAUAUUCUUAACUCAAGAAAUAUUCAGGGCAUAUAUUUAAAGUAAACAAGAUUUUAUAAAAAGCUUAAAAUUAUAUUUUGCACUUACAUACAAGACCUCUGCAGUGAGACAACCAAACAUACAGCUGUCCUCUGAAACCUUGGUAUAUUUAAAUAGCUAAUGUAUCAGUAGUGUAACUGAACUGUAUAUACAUUAAGGCAUCUAGUGUUUUGCUAAUUAUUUUAUACAUGACAUAUGCACAGAUAUGGAUUUGAUUGUGCAUGUAUUGUAUGUGUUCAUGUUCCUAAGAAAAGAAUAGAUUUAAGCAUAUGUAUCUCAACUUCCAUUUUUGACUGUUAUUAAAACCGGUGAUUUCAUGUAAGUUGAAAUAAAUGGAAGUACAGCAUUUAUAUCACUCUGAUAUUGCCUCAGAUUUUAGCUUUUUAUGUACCUUUCAUGUAUGUUUGAAUAUUAAGAACUUAAUUAUAUCACCAGUCAUGUCUUAUUCAUUCAUUUUUUUUUUACUGCUUUACACACAUUCCAGAUCCAUAGUCACUGGUUAUUUCAUUCAUUACCUUUCUGGGUUAAUAUUAUUUGAAGUAAUGUGAAUAUUUAUGUACAGCAGCCUCAAUUUUUUACUAAGAUAUAGUAUUUAUUGAAAACUUUGACAAACAAUGAGGUCAUUGUUCAUUGUUCAUCUUCACCUUUACUUACAUAUGCAGUUUGCCUCAUUAUUGUGAUACUACCGUGGUCAUAUAUGUACUCAUUCAUGAACAACAUCAAUUCUUCCCUUUAUUUCCAGUGUUGUUUACCUUCACUUUAAGUGACUUGAAGAAACUGUAUUUUAGGUAACAACCUGGAAUUACGUAUUCACACUUUCUAAGGCUUGUAUUUGUAAUGUUUUUUUUCAUGUGUUACACCAUCAUGUCAGGAGGGACAAAUAAAUAGGAAAUUGAA